AUGUCGCCGGUACCGGCGGUCCCGGCUUUACCGGCCGACGCGAGUCACGCGAGGAGUCCCUUCGGCACGGCGCCAAGCCCUCCUGCCCUGCCGAGAGUCAGGAUUAACGCCACCGUCAACGCCGGACUGCGCGUGCUGCUCCUGCUCACCGUCCUUCCGAGAGGCUGUCUCUGUGGAUACCACGAGAAGAGGCUGCUGAACAGUUUGCUGGCGAGCUACAACACUCUGGAGCGGCCGGUCGCCAACGAGAGCGAGCCCCUGGAAGUCAAGUUCGGCAUCACGCUCCAGCAGAUCAUCGACGUGGACGAGAAGAAUCAAAUACUCACCACCAACGCAUGGCUGAAGCUGGAGUGGACGGAUUACAACUUGCAGUGGAACGUCACCGAGUACGGUGGAGUGAAGGACCUCCGGAUAACUCCGAACAAGCUCUGGAAGCCGGACGUCCUCAUGUACAACAGUGCGGAUGAGGGUUUCGACGGGACGUACCAAACAAACGUGGUGGUCACGCAUAACGGCAGUUGCCUGUACGUCCCACCGGGCAUCUUCAAGAGCACAUGCAAGAUAGACAUCGCUUGGUUCCCCUUUGACGACCAACACUGUGACAUGAAGUUCGGAUCCUGGACCUACGACGGCAACCAGCUCGAUCUGAUUCUCAACUCGGAGGGGGGCGGCGACCUAUCCGACUUCAUCACGAACGGCGAGUGGUAUCUCAUCGGGAUGCCUGGCAAGAAGAACACCAUCAUGUAUCAGUGCUGCCCGGAGCCCUACGUGGACGUGACGUUCACGAUCCAGAUUCGCAGGCGCACCCUCUACUACUUCUUCAACCUGAUCGUCCCCUGCGUGCUGAUCUCCAGCAUGGCGCUGCUGGGCUUCACCCUGCCGCCCGACUCGGGGGAGAAGCUCACCCUAGGAGUGACCAUCUUGCUAUCGCUGACGGUGUUCCUGAAUCUCGUCGCCGAGACCCUGCCCCAGGUCUCCGACGCAAUACCCCUGUUAGGGACAUACUUCAACUGCAUCAUGGUCAUGGUGGCCAGUAGCGUGGUACUGACGGUCGUGGUGCUCAACUAUCAUCACAGAACGCCCGAGAAUCACAGGAUGCCGCAAUGGGCGAAAACUGUCCUCCUGCAAUGGCUGCCCUGGAUCCUGCGCAUGAAUCGCCCGGGGAAAAAGAUCAGCAGGAAGACCAUCCUGAUGAAUAAUCGCAUGAAAGAGCUGGAGCUCCAGGAGAGGAGUAGCAAGAGUCUGCUGGCCAACGUACUCGACAUCAACGAUGACUUCUGCCAUGGGAACAACGCCGCGAACCCUCCCACGGUGUACAACACGCGGUCAACCUUCGGUACACCACUCACGGCAAGGCCGUCGACCGUGGAAGAGACGUCGGCGUCGCUCCCCCUCAGCGGCACGCAAAGGGAACUGCACACGAUCCUGAAGGAAUUGCAGUUCAUCACGAAUCGCAUGAAGAAGGCCGACUCGGAGGCCGAGGUCAUCAGCGACUGGAAGUUCGCUGCCAUGGCAGUCGACAGGUUCUGCCUGUACGUCUUCUCGCUGUUCACGCUGAUCGCCACAGUAGCGGUCUUGCUGUCGGCGCCUCACGUUAUCGUCCAGUAG